CCUUCGAGUCUACUUCAGCCGAGAAGCUGAAAAUAUAUUCAGUUGUGUCCGAGACUUCUUAUGCCGAGGUUUAUUUCUUCCGUGAUAGUUUAAGUUAAAUUUCAAAGUUUUUACGAAUAAAGAUGGAACGCCUAAGGUUGAGCCAUAUUUUACAUAUUGGAUUUGUUAUUUCGUUCUGUGUAAUUACAUCAGGAUACAAAACCAUAAAGUUAUCAUCUGGACAUGACAUGCCUAUGAUUGGUUUGGGUACUUGGCAGAUGCCUCCGGAGGCUAUCGAAGUCGCGGUGACCGCUGCGCUCGAGAGCGGCUACCGACACAUCGAUACUGCGUUCACUUAUGGAAACGAGGAAGCGAUUGGCAAGACGCUGAAAAAAUGGUUCGAUAAGGGCGGCAAGCGAGAAGAUCUCUUCAUAACAACUAAGUUGCCUCCGAUCGGAAUGCGAGCCGAAUACGUCGAAAGCUACUUGAAAUUAUCUCUGGAAAAACUGGGUUUGGAGUAUGUUAACAUGUACUUGAUUCACAAACCUUUCGCCUUCGUAAAAGACAAAUACAAAUACGAGCCUGCAUUGAAUCCAGAUGGAUCAGUCGUGCUUGACACUGACACGGAUCAUGUCGCAAUCUGGAGGGCGAUGGAAAAGCAAGUGAAAGCCGGCCGCGUAAGAUCCAUCGGCCUGAGCAACUUCAACAAAUCUCAACUUUUGAACGUCUACGAGCACGCAGAGAUCAAACCUAGCAAUUUACAGAUCGAGCUGCAGGCCUACAACCAGCAACGACCCAUGCGCGAGCUCUGCGCCGAGCGCAACAUCACCGUCACGGCUUUCAGCACUUUGGGCUCCCCAGGUUCUUCUCCCGACAAGAAGACCAGAUACAUCAAAUCGCUGCCGACGUUGUUUGACCAUCCCAUCGUCAAGAAGAUCGCGGAGGCUCACAACCGCACGUCGGCUCAGGUACUGCUGCGCCACGCGGUGCAGAAUGGAAUAAUCGUGCUACCCAAGAGCACGAAUCCCGGUAGGAUCAAGCAGAACAUCGGAAUCUUUGAUUUCGCCCUGACCGAGGAUGAGAUGCAGGCAAUGAACGGGUUGGAUAAGGGCGAGAAAGGAAGGAUCUUUCAUUUCUUCAUCGACAAGGGAGUUGAAAAACACCCGCAGUACCCGUUCGCGAGUCAGUUGAAAAAUGAAAACAAAAUCGAAUAAAAUUUCAUAAGGUUUAUUGUUUCAUACUUCACUGAAUUAUAACCAUUUAUUACAUUACGUUUUAUUUUUUUUUUAUUUUUGCUGUAAGUUACAUUAUACUUACGUGUCGAAUAAAGUGAACUAUCUCCUCAAAUUA